AUGGGCGCCGAGAUUAAGAACCGCCACGUGCCCGUGCACGUGAAGAUGCUGGCGGGCAUGGCCGGGGGCGUCGCCGAAGCCUGUAUCUUGCAGCCGCUGGACGUGACGAAGACGCGGCUGCAGCUCGACCGCGCGGGCCGGUACAAGGGGAUGGUGCACUGUGGGCAGACGAUCUACCGGACGGAAGGCGGGCGCGCGCUGUACAAGGGACUGUCGCCUUUUGUGACGAACAUGGUGCUCAAGUACGCGCUGCGGUUUGGCUCGUUUGCGUGGUUCAAGGAGCAGCUGGCGGGCGGGAAGGACCGGCCGAUGACUUGCACAAUGAACUUUACUGCGGGACUCCUCGCGGGGUGCAUCGAGUCGGUUGUGAUUGUCACACCGUUUGAAGUGAUCAAGACGCGCAUGCAGAAGGAAGUGGGCGUCGGUCGCUUUCGCGGACCGAUUGACUGUACGCGGCACGUGGUCCGACACGAAGGCCUUCAGGCGCUCUGGAAGGGCAAUACGCCGACCAUGGCCCGACAAGGCAGCAACCAGGCGUUCAACUUUAUGGCGUUUGCCUGGCUGAACCACAACGUGUGGGACAAACAGGACGGCGACGGCAAGACGCUGCCGACGUACGCGACGUUUAUCAACGGUCUCAUUGCAGGAUCGCUGGGGCCCAUGAUGAACACGCCCAUGGACGUGCUCAAGACGCGGCUGAUGGCGCAAGAGACGGUGGCUGGGCAAGAGCCCAAGUACAAGGGCUUUUUCGACGCGCUCAAGGUCAUUUCGAGGGAAGAAGGGGUUGCUGCGCUGUGGAAGGGGUUGCUGCCGCGUCUGACGAAGAUGGCCCCGGGCCAAGCCAUCACGUGGUCGGUCGUCAUGCGCGUGACGUCGAUCUUUGAGAAUCAAGAGCUGGAGCUCGCCGAGAACGAGAUGAAGAUGUAG